AUGGUACCAGAGUCUUUGGACACGGUCCAGAACCUUCUGUCAAAGAUGCCACCGGACCGCCGGCAACCGAACCACCGGCCACCAGACCACCGGCCACCAGACCACCCACCACCAGACCAACCACCGGCCACCAGACCACCCACCACCAGACCACCGGCCACCAGACCACCCACCACCACCACCCGCCACCAGACCACCCACCACCAGACCACCCACCACCAGACCACCCACCACCAGACCACCGGCCACCAGACCACCGGCCACCAGACCACCGGCCACCAGACCACCCACCACCAGACCACCGGCCACCAGACCACCGGCCACCAGACCACCGGCCACCAGACCACCCACCACCAGACCACCGGCCACCAGACCACCCGCCACCAGACCACCGGCCACCAGACCACCCACCACCAGACCACCCGCCACCAGACCACCGGCCACCAGACCACCGGCCACCAGACCACCCACCACCAGACCACCCACCACCAGACCACCGGCCACCAGACCACCCGCCACCAGACCACCCACCACCAGACCACCGGCCACCAGACCACCCGCCACCAGACCACCCGCCACCAGACCACCGGCCACCAGACCACCGGCCACCAGACCACCCGCCACCAGACCACCCACCACCAGACCACCCGCCACCAGACCACCGGCCACCAGACCACCGGCCACCAGACCACCCACCACCAGACCACCGGCCACCAGACCACCCACCUCCAGACCACCGGCCACCAGACCACCGGCCACCAGACCACCGGCCACCAGACCACCCACCACCAGACCACCCACCACCAGACCACCCACCACCAGACCACCGGCCACCAGACCACCCACCACCAGACCACCGGCCACCAGACCACCCACCACCAGACCACCGGCCACCAGACCACCGGCCACCAGACCACCCACCACCAGACCACCGGCCACCAGACCACCGGCCACCAGACCACCCACCACCAGACCACCCACCACCAGACCACCCACCACCAGACCACCGGCCACCAGACCACCCACCACCAGACCACCGGCCACCAGACCACCCACCACCAGACCACCGGCCACCAGACCACCGGCCACCAGACCACCCACCACCAGACCACCGGCCACCAGACCACCGGCCACCAGACCACCCACCACCAGACCACCGGCCACCAGACCACCCACCACCAGACCACCCACCACCAGACCACCCACCACCAGACCACCGGCCACCAGACCACCCACCACCAGACCACCCACCACCGGCCACCAGACCACCAGACCACCGGCCACCAGACCACCGGCCACCAGACCACCGGCCACCAGACCACCGGCCACCGACCGCCGGCCAGGAUGACAGUGACAUGA